CAGAGAGCUCUAGCCCACUGGGGGAGGCAGGGGCACCCGGGGACGAGAGGACCAUGUCUGGACUGCGGCUCCUCAGUCCGGUGGAGGCGGGAACCUACGCCACCCACCAGCAGGCUUCUUGAAGGCAUCACUCCCACCUCCAGCUGCCCUCAGCCAAACAUUCGCAUUGCCAGCCCCUCUCCUCCCACCCCUGCGAACAUGGAGAGCCUCAAUGACGUGCACAACCCGCUGCUGGCCAGGAGCAACGGUCACCUCGCCAACUCGUAUCCAUUCCGGGAAGACUCCCCGACUUGGGACUGCCAGCAGAAGUUCUACUCCUACUUCUUUGGCGGAGCUGGCCAGGCCAGAGCCCACCAGCUGUUAGACGCGGGGUCCCUGCAGCUGGCUGUCGAGGCACUGUAUGGGUCCAACUUUCUCCUCAUGAAGGACAAAACAAAGGAGUGGAAAGCAGAGAGCUGUGAGACCACCUUCACUGAAGGCAAGGAGUCCCAAGCCUGUCCCUCCGAAGAAGUCCAGAAACUCAGCCAGACUGAAGAGGAGGCCAAGAUUCAGACAGUAUCCUUUGAAGUGGAAGAUGAGUUUCUGGAGGUGGAGGAAGAAGAUGAUGAUGAGAGUGACUCCUCCAGUGCCAGUGAGAGCGAAGACGGUUUUCUGACUCUCCCACCCCGGGACCACCUGGGGCUAGCCAUCUUCUCCAUGCUCUGCUGCUUCUGGCCUUUGGGCAUUGCUGCCUUCUACUUCUCACAAAGGACCAGCAAGGCCAUCUCCAAAGGGGACUUUCACCUGGCCAGCACAACUUCUCGACGGGCCCUCUUCCUGGCCAUCCUCUCCAUCACACUUGGCACUGGUGUCUACAUUGCAGUGGUGGUGGCACUGGUGGCUUACUUGUCCAAGAGCAGCCAGGGCUAGCGGGACCUGGGUUGCCCCCCUUGAGCAACACUCAAUCCCUCCCUCGUCAGUGGUUCAGGAGAGCCCUGAAUCUCUCCAUCCAUGGGUACUAGUACCACAGGUAUCCUGGUGUUCCCAGACGAGAGCCAGAAGCCCUGGACUCUCAAUUUCUAACAUAAACCCCAGAAGGAUCUGGGGAAGAGAAUGCUAUCAGAAUCACAUCAGUCUAGCCUCAGAAACUCUUGAUCUCACCUCAUUAUAUUUAGUUCUCCCCUCAUAUAGGCCCCCACUCAAAUAAGGGGUACAAAGUUUAUUCCAUGGGCUCCCUUUUCUUGUCCUCCAACUCUGUCAAAGAUGUCACAGUGGUCAAUGCCCUAAUCAAGUUAUGCCAGGCCUAGUACUAGCUCUGGCACGAGAGCAAGUCUGAAACACACACACAUCUCAUUUCCACCCAUUUCUGUCUCUGCUGGAGACAACUCCACAUACAUUGAAAACUGCUAACUCCCUCAUCCUCCCAAGUCUCAAGGGAAGGGAGAGGAACAUGGAAGAAUGAUGGAAUUGCUUGAUUUUUGAGGUUGCAGGAAAAAGUAGGGGAUCUGAUCAAAACCACAUGACAGCCACCUGACGUUCAAUCAAGCUGGAAACAGACCUGAUCACCCCAACACAUGGAUCUUGAAUUUCCCAUUUGGCUAUGACAAAAUGGAUGCAUUCCCAUUUGCUUUUCUCUCGCCAAAUAUGGGAAAUAUCCAUUUCAAUUCAAUUAAACAAAUAUUUAUUAAAUUCCUGCCCUGUGCUUUGCACAGGCUAGGUACUGAAGGAGAUAUAAAAUUUAAAGAAUGCGUAUCUUUUAUCUUCAUGGAAUUUUACACUCUAGUAAUCUUUGAUAUAUUAUGUAAUGUUUCCUUUUGCCACCUGGUGAACUAUGGUUGAGCUGUGAACAGAAAAUUAAUGAUUGGUCAUUAAAAAACUUUAAAAAAUG